AGAUGGCUGAUGACCCCUGAGUCCGUGCACAAGCCUGCAUCCAUGGCCACAUUCCACGCAGUUGAGAAACCCAAAAGCCUCCAGGGUCAAACUGGGGCCCCCAGGUGCUCGUCCCUCUUUCCGAAAGUCCCUCAUGAGCCCAGACCCCUUCAGGCCUAGCUGGAAUGCAGUCCUGGGGGCCAGGGGCAACUGCUUGAGACCCUGGAAGAGUCACACACAGACCAUGCCCAUCAGGAGCUCCAGUGUCAGCAAAUAGAGCAUGUAGGAAGAGCCUGUGGUCUAGGCAUCCAGGAGGACUUCCUGGAGGUGGUGUCCUGAUUUGGGUCUUGAAGCAUUUGCUGGUGCUUGUCCCUGGGAGGGGCCUGGCUGCUGCCCUGAGGAUGCUGCCCAUGUUCCAUGAUGAAGAGCACGCUCAGGCCUGUGGCCUCCCGGAGGACACCUUGGUGCUGCCCCCUGCUAGCCCUGGUCAGAGGAUUAUCUAUACAGUGCUGGAGUGCCAGCCCCUCUUUGACUCCAGCGACAUGACCAUCACCGAGUGGGUUCAGAUUGCCCAGACAAUAGAGAAACACUACAAGCAGUACCACGGCUUUGUGGUCAUCCACGGCACAGACACCAUGGCCUUUGCUGCUGCCGUGCUGUCCUUCGUGCUGGAGAACCUGCAGAAAACCGUCAUCCUCACUGGUGCCCAGGUGCCCAUCCACGCCCUGUGGAGUGACGGUCGUGAGAACCUGCUGGGGGCGCUGCUCAUGGCUGGCCAGUAUGAGAUCCCUGAGGUCUGCUUGUUCUUUCAGAAUCAGCUAUUUCGGGGCAACCGGACGACUAAGGUGGAUGCUCGGAGGUUUGCGGCCUUCUGCUCCCCCAACCUGCCCCCUCUGGCCACUGUGGGUGCUGAUGUCACCAUCAACAGGGACCUCGUACGCAAAGUUGGCAGGAAAGCCCAGCUGGUGGUGCGGGACAGCGUGGAGCCGGCUGUGGGCUUGCUGCGCCUCUACCCUGGGAUCUCUGCCUCCUUGGUCCGGGCCUUCUUGCAGCCCCCCAUGAAGGGCCUUGUCAUGGAGACCUUUGGCUCAGGGAAUGGGCCCACCAAGCCAGACGUGCUGCAGGAGCUGCGGGUCGCAGCUGAGCGUGGCCUGGUCAUUGUCAACUGUACCCACUGCCUUCAGGGGGCAGUGACUUCAGACUAUGCAGCAGGCAUGGCAAUGGCAGGAGCUGGCAUCAUCUCAGGCUUCGACAUGACAUCAGAAGCUGCUCUGGCCAAGCUGUCAUAUGUCCUGGGCCAGCCAGGCCUGAGCCUGGAUGAUAGGAAGGAGCUGCUGGCCAAGGACCUCCGUGGGGAGCUGACACUGCCCACAGCUGACGAGCCCCAACCCUCACUGUGUGGCAGCCCGCUGGAUCAGAGGGUUGCCUGGUUAUUGGGUCUGAGUGGCAGCCAGGAGGCUGAUGCUGUGCGGGACACUCUGAUGCCCAGCCUGGCCUGUGCUGCAGCCCAUGCAGGAGACCUGGAGGCCUUGCAGGUGCUGGCAGACCUGGGCAGUGACCUGAGCCUGGAGGACUUCCAUGGUCAAACCCCAUUGCAUACAGCUGCCAAGGGGGGCCACGCCAGAGUGGUUGCCAUGCUGCUCCAGAGAGGUGUGGAUGUGAACUCCCGUGACCAGGAUGGCCUUAGCCCGCUGCUGCUGGCUGUGAGGGGCAGGCAUCAGGGUGUCAUUAAGCUACUGCGAGCGGCUGGGGCCUGCCUGUCCACCGAGGAGCUAGAGGACGCAGGGACAGAGCUGUGCAGACUGGCAUUCCGGGAGGACACUGAUGGGCUGCGGGCGUGGUGUCAGGCAGGGGUGGACCUGGGGCAGCCGGGCUAUGAUGGGCACAGUGCUCUGCGUGUUGCAGAAGCAGCUGGGCACCUGGAAGUGGUGUCCCUUCUACAUAGCCUUGCAAGUGGGGUCACUGCUGAGGCCCCAGGCCCAGUGAGUUCUCACCUGGGCGAGGCUGACAUCUGUCCCCAGCUGCCCUGUGAUGGACCAGACCUGAGCACUGGAGGGACCCAGCCUGGCUCCAGGUGCUUCCAUGGUACACCCUGGCCAGCAUGCCCCAGUAGGCCCUCUGGGUUGGGUGCUUCCACUUGUCUCUCAGACCAGGCCACCAGCUGGCACCCCCACCCCCUACUCCAUUGUCUCACCCUCCCAAGUCCCAAGGAUGGCUGGGUUUGCUCAGGUCUGGCCUGGGCCUUCAUGUAGUACUUGGGCCUCAAGUUCUCAGGAAGGAGGUCUUGGGAGACCUCAGAAUUUCCAGAAAUUCUGCUUGGGGUCUAACCUGAAGCUGUCUUGUGACAGCACAAGCCCUUCCUUUCCUUCUUGCUGAGACCUGCUGGAGGAGUCUCAGGCACUGGCCUUGCUGGCUGUCCAGCUGGGAAGCUCCCCCACAGCUGAGGCUGCAUCCCAUCUGUUUUCACAACAAAGCCUAAAGUCCCUGUUGGGCCACAUGGCAAUAAAGUCAUUCUGGAGACCACUGGCUCCCCAGGCUCCCAAA